GGCGCCGAAACGGAGACAAACCGGAGGCGAAAGUUAAUAAAAUUGGUUGGCGUGACAAAUAUCGUCAUUUAACCGGCAAGACGUGCCCGAGUCACCUUAAAGUUAUACAGUACAGCCGUUAUUUUUUCAGCACCUCCCCUUUUCUUCCUUGACUGUACAAAUGCAGGCUGCACGACAUGUCCGCUUUAUGUCCACGAGCAGGUCGCUUGUCUGCUCUCACGUGCAUGCGCAAAAACAUUUCUUGAGGGCUUCGACUUCCAGAGCCCAAUCAAGGUCUGUGGCCUCGACGGCCGCCGCUGCGUCACAGACUCCACCACCACCACCACCACCGUCUCAAGGGAGAUGGAGAUACUUUUUACAGACUCUUGGACGUGUGACACUCGUAACAUUCGAUCCCUCAAAGAAGACCCUGGUCAUCUUGGGCAGCGGUUGGGGGGCGACGAGCCUCCUUAAGGGGCUUGACACCAGCGAUUAUAACACUGCAUGUCACACGUUCAAUAGUGCUAUUGUUGUCUCCCCAAAGAACUUCUUCCUCUUCACGCCUCUCCUUCCCUCCGUGGCAGUUGGUACGCUGAAUGCACGAUCUAUCCUCCAGCCUACUCGCUACCUGACGCGACACAAAGAACGUCAAGUUUUAGUCAUCGAAGCAGAGGCCAAAGAAGUUGACCCGGUUAAGAAAACUGUUACGCUCUCAGAUGACUCCGAGAUCCAAGGUCAAAUAUCCAGCACGACCAUACCGUACGAUUAUCUUGUAUAUGCUGUCGGUGCCGAGACGCAGACAUUUGGUAUUCCCGGUGUAAGGGAGCAUGCAUGCUUCAUGAAAGAACUGCAUGAUGCUGAGAAGAUGCAAAGACGCUUUUUGGACUGCGUAGAGAGUGCUGCUUUCCCUGGCCAAAGUGACGAGGAGAAAGACCGGUUGUUGCAUAUGGUUGUAGUAGGCGGUGGACCCACGGGUAUCGAACUUAGUGGCGAACUCCGUGACUUCCUCGAGGAGGAUCUCAAGUCAUGGUACCCAGAGCUUGCCUCACGGAUCCGCAUCACGCUGGUCGAGGCUCUUCCCAAUGUUCUUCCCUCAUUCAGCAAGGAGCUGAUUGCCUAUACCGAGCGCACGUUCAAGGAGUCCGACAUCGAAAUCCUCACGAAGACCAUGGUGAGGAAAGUCAACGAGAAGAGCGUCGUUCUCAAGGGCCCCGAUGGUGUCGAACGAGAGGUGCCGUGCGGGAUGGUUGUCUGGGCUGCUGGCAACACUAGUCGCCAAAUAACACGGGAUCUGAUGGCGAAGCUCCCUGAAGGUCAGACGAAUAAGCGCGGAAUUACCUUGGACGAUCACCUCCGCAUGAAGGGAGCUCGCGAUAUCUUCGCUAUCGGCGACUGUACGGCCUCUUCUUACGCUCCAACUGCCCAGGUUGCAAGCCAGCAGGGUUCAUACCUCUCGCGUGUGUUCAAGUUACUUGCGAAGAAAGACAAACUCGAGGCCGACCUGUCUCAUGCUGAGAUCAGCGAAGAGGCGGAGAAACUGAAGAAGCAGAUAGACAAGAUCAAGUUGAAGCCUUUCCAUUACAGUCAUCAAGGAUCGUUGGCUUACAUCGGCUCGGACAAGGCAAUCGCUGACCUGCCUAUCUUCGGGCGUGAGUGGACGAGCGGAGGUGUUGCGACGUUCAUGUUCUGGCGGAGCGCAUAUCUGAGCACCUUAUUCUCCCUGCGAAACCGAAGCUUGGUUGCUGGGGACUGGGUAAGGGUGAAGUUAUGGGGACGUGACGUGAGCCGGGAAUGAAGGCCGAGUAUGAACACUCAUGACUUGCGAACUCGACAGGAUGGACCAUCAACAUCACAUUUCUAGACAUAGACUAUAGAGACACAUUAUCCCCCCUGUUUAUCAUUCAUGAUACAUAAUCGCGUCUACAAUUUCACCUGUCCCUCCUCCAGCCACGUAUUUAGUGCGCCUUCCGUUCCUUCGCGUUUUUUUGUCAUCUUGGGUACCUUGCAUGGUCACCCUCUUCGUUAUGUCGUUCUUAUUGUGGAUGGGUGUUGGGAAGAGCUAUAUAGACCCUGCUAGGUGCAUGCAUUGAUCGAUUUUAUAGAGGUAGUUUCCCCGACUUUCACGUCAGUGGAGGGUCUGUCGAAUGGAUACGUCUAAUUUCUCUACUUUUCUCUCCGACCUGUCCAGCAAAAUGCGCUUUGUCC